AUGUGCCGCGUCGUACUGCUCAACCAGACCCAGUACGUCGAUCAUCAGUUGGGAGCGGGGCUCCCAAGAAUCCCAGGACGGGGGGUUAGCCGCGCCACCGGACGAGAUAACUCGUCCGACGUCCGUUCACGUCGCGGUGGUUCAACAGCUGCUCAACUAGAUAGCGCUGGCCACCGCGAGAGUCCUCUAAUGGAGGUGGAGGAGGAGGAAAGACGCUCUCCACACGAUCAUGUGGAUCGGUGUGUACCCGAGAGCUUCUUUGAUCGCGUAACGCAAGGGUUACGCGACGAUCUCGAACAUGAGCGGAAUAGGCGUCUCCAAAUGGCGGACACUGCCUCGAAGCAUCGAGCUGAGUUUGCCUUUGCUCAGCUCGAGAACGAGAGAUCUCUGACAUCUCUUCGUGACGAGCUAAGGGUAGCUCGUGGGAUUGCUGAUCGGUCUCGGGAUGAGAUAGCUGCUCUUCAGACCCUUGUUGAUGCCCACCAUCGGGAGCACAAGGCUCUCUGCGAGAUGCUUGAGCGCAAGGGCGUUCUUCAUCGGAAGAAGCAGCGUACUGAUGGUACGGCUUAA